UGGCAUUACGGAAAGAAUUCGCGGCGGACGAAAACAAACCAAAUCGUCCGCAAUUGAAAAAAGAGUGAACAGUAAUCCCUGCAAAAAAGAGAGAAACGAAACAUAGAUCGUUAUUACAAUUCUGCUGCUGUGGUGGAUAAGACAAGACGGAUAGAUGUCUGAUGCACCAGAAUCGUCUGAUAAAAAGGAAGAGGAGGCCAACAUCCCUGAACCUGAGGAGGACGAGUCAGACGACAGCAGCGACGAGGGCGGGGCCACUGGGGAGGAAGAGAUGGAUUUCCUCCGCAAUCUCUUCUCCCGUACCCUGGGGUUGGGUGCUGGGGAGAAGGUUCUGGAUGAGCUAACCCUGGAAGGCGUGGCGCGGUACAUACAAAGUGGCAAAUGUAAAAACAUCAUCUGUAUGGUUGGAGCAGGGAUAUCCACAUCUGCGGGAAUCCCCGAUUUCCGCUCUCCUGGCACCGGUCUCUAUGCCAACCUGCAGAAGUACAAUCUGCCUUACCCAGAGGCCAUCUUUCAGAUCGACUACUUCAAGAAACAUCCUGAGCCUUUCUUUGCCCUAGCCAAGGAGCUGUAUCCUGGGCAGUUCAAGCCCACAGUGUGUCACUACUUCAUCAAAUUGCUGAAGGACAAGGGGCUGCUCCAACGCUGCUACUCACAGAACAUUGACACCUUGGAGCGAGUGGCUGGACUGCAGGCAGACGACCUGAUCGAAGCCCACGGCACCUUCUACACCUCCCACUGUGUCAGCUUCAUGUGUCGGAAGGAGUACACCCUAGACUGGAUGAAAGAGAAAAUCUUCUCCGAUGAGAUUCCCAAGUGUGAAAAAUGCAGCGGCCUGGUGAAGCCAGACAUUGUAUUCUUCGGUGAGAACCUUCCGGCCCGCUUCUUUACCUCAAUGAAAAUGGACUUCCCUCGCUGCGACCUCCUCAUCAUCAUGGGGACAUCUCUGCAAGUCCAGCCCUUCGCCUCGCUGGUGAGCCGAGUCUCAAAAAGCACCCCUAGGCUGCUCAUCAACAUGGAGAAGACAGGACAGUCCGAUGCCCUGAUGGGGAUGCUUGGUUUCGGAGGGGGUAUGGACUUCGACUCAGAGAAAGCCUACAGGGAUGUGGCAUACAUCAGCACCUGCGAUGAUGGCUGCUUGGCACUGGCAGAGCUGCUGGGCUGGAAGGCUGAGCUGGAGGAGAUGGUGAAGCGGGAGCAUGCUCUGAUUGAUAGCAAAGACAAACAGGACAAAGCCAAGCAGGCCAAUCAGAGCUCUGCGGCUGAAGAGAAGACCACCUCUGGGGCGGAGACGGGGAAGAGUGACAAGACCGAGUAGCAAGCGAGAGGACAGCUCAGAUCAGGACUGAUGGUUAGACAAUCCAAGUCUGCCUCAGGCAGCCAAGUGAUGCAAAUUAGACUAAUUUUGUGUCGGUUGCUCUCUCAUUCACUUUUUAACUGCUGUCUUUGUCCUCUCCCUGUCCACUCUAGUUCCUCUACUCCUUUGGCUGACAAGCAAUAGACACAAUCUCAGCCAGGAAUAUAUAAUUAUGGGAGGGGUAGAAAGACAGCAUCUGAGACGGACAGAGACUUGACAACAAGGCCAUUUAAGUCUGGAAAUUGAAUUGGGUCAAACCAACAGGAAGGGGAAGUGACACAGAGCUGGACACUGACUGGCUGGUUUAUUCAGAAUGGUUUAUCAGAGGCUUAAUCUUACAAGUGAUGUAAAUACAAACAUGUACUGAUGAAGCGGUCUCUUCUUUUCUUAGUACCAAUAAUUGCUUCUUUCAACUAUGGCUACCAAUAAUAACUUUAUGUAAUGAUUUGAAUGUUUUAUAAGAAUGAUUUUAAUAUAAUUUCUCUUAAAAAUAUAGAUAAUUUACUAAACGCUACUGACACACUUUGUCUGAUUUUAUUUGUAUGUUAAUAUUGACAUGUAUGGGUCCUGUUUCUGCGGAAUGGAUGCUAAGGAGGCCAGAUUGAAUUAGCUGUUGAAGAAUAUUGCAUGGAAAUGUUGUUGCAGUUCACCCUCAUGGCCUGUGGGUGGAGACUCUGCACAAUCUGAGCAACACUCAUGUGUGACGCAAGUAGCAAUGGUGAAAAUAAACAAGU